CGUGCCUGUUGGCUUUGGGUCCCACCGCCAGUCAGCCUGUAAGUCUACUGUGGCGGACAGCAGAGCUGCGCUUCAUGGAGGAGCUGGCUCUGCGCUGCCGGGCGACCGGAGCAGAAGCAGGCUGAGGGUCCUUUGGCCAAAACCAAUCUGGGCACACUACCCUCCCACCGCUUCCAAUAACCGCUGACAUCCCUAACGGGCACUGAGCCUGGGCAGGGCGCGGGGGGAGGGGAGGUCUGCUCGGAAAUCGUCCUGGCCAACUCUGUCCUCCAAGCUGUGGCAGAUUAUGGCAUCUUUUUUCCCUCUAGCGCGAGAAAGUGAGCCCGGAAAAGGAAAGAGGGGGCGGGUCACCCCCAAAGAAUAAAUAAACACUAGCUACUCGCCGCAGCUGGACGCGGGUCAGUUCAGUCCAGGUUUGGUCGGAACUGAACCCCUAAAGCGGGUCCGCCUCCCGCCCUCGCGCCCGCCUGGGGCUGAGUCGCUGGCUGCAGUGGGCGGCAGAGCGACGGGGAGUUUCCUCUCACCCUGGAUGGAGCUGAACUUUGAGUGGCCAGAGGAGUGCGGUCGCCCGGGAAUCGCUGCACGCUGAGCUCUCCCUGCGAGACCCAGCGGCGGCUUUGGAUUUUGGGGGGCGGGGACCAGCUGCGCGCCGGCACCAUGUUUCUGGCCACUCUGUACUUCGCGCUGCCACUCCUGGAUUUGCUGCUGUCCGCCGAGGUGAGUGGUGGGGACCGCUUGGACUGCGUGAAAGCCAGUGAUCAGUGCCUGAAGGAACAGAGCUGCAGCACCAAGUACCGCACACUAAGGCAGUGCGUGGCGGGGAAGGAAACCAACUUCAGCCUGGCAUCUGGUCUCGAGGCCAAGGAUGAGUGCCGCAACGCCAUGGAGGCCCUGAAGCAAAAGUCUCUCUACAACUGCCGCUGCAAGCGGGGCAUGAAGAAAGAGAAGAAUUGUCUGCGCAUCUACUGGAGCAUGUAUCAGAGCCUGCAGGGAAAUGAUCUACUGGAAGAUUCCCCGUAUGAGCCAGUUAACAGCAGGUUGUCAGAUAUAUUCCGGGCAGUCCCGUUCAUAUCAGAUGUUUUCCAGCAAGUGGAGCACAUUUCCAAAGGGAACAACUGCCUGGAUGCAGCCAAGGCCUGCAACCUGGAUGAUACCUGCAAGAAGUACAGGUCUGCCUACAUCACGCCGUGCACCACCAGCAUGUCCAAUGAGGUCUGCAACCGCCGCAAGUGCCACAAGGCCCUCAGGCAGUUCUUUGACAAGGUCCCGGCCAAGCACAGCUACGGAAUGCUCUUCUGCUCCUGCAGGGACAUUGCCUGCACUGAGCGGCGGCGACAGACGAUCGUUCCUGUGUGCUCCUAUGAAGAAAGAGACAAGCCCAACUGCCUGAAUCUGCAGGACUCCUGCAAGACAAACUACAUCUGCAGAUCUCGCCUUGCAGAUUUUUUUACCAACUGCCAGCCAGAGUCAAGGUCUGUUAGCAACUGUCUCAAGGAGAACUAUGCAGACUGCCUCCUGGCCUACUCAGGACUGAUUGGCACGGUCAUGACCCCCAACUACAUAGACUCCAGCAGCCUCAGUGUGGCCCCGUGGUGUGACUGCAGUAACAGUGGCAACGAUCUGGAGGAGUGCUUGAAGUUUCUGAAUUUUUUUAAGGACAAUACGUGUCUCAAAAAUGCAAUUCAAGCCUUUGGCAAUGGCUCAGAUGUGACCAUGUGGCAGCCAGCCCUCCCAGUACAGACCACCACUGCCACCACUACCACUGCCUUCCGAGUCAAGAACAAGCCUCUGGGGCCAGCAGGGUCUGAGAACGAAAUCCCCACACACGUUUUGCCACCCUGUGCAAAUCUGCAGGCACAGAAGCUGAAAUCCAAUGUGUCGGGCAGUCCACAUCUCUGUCUUUCUGAUCAUGAUUACGAAAAGGAUGGUCUCGCUGGUGCCUCCAGCCACAUAACCACAAAAUCGAUGGCUGCUCCUCCCAGUUGUGGUCUGAGCUCACUGCCGGUGCUGGUGGUUACCACUCUGGCCACCCUAUUAUCUGUAUCCUUGGCAGAAACAUCGUAGCUGCAUUCAGAAAAUACGGAAAGACAAGAGAGAGAAACAAACAACCAAGUAACCUGUUUUCUGUCCUCUUGUAUAUCUGAAAAUCCAGUUUUAAAAGCUCGGUUGAGAAACAGUUUCAUCCAACUGGAACUCCUUUGUUGUUUUUAAGGAAGCUUCUUGUGACCCUGGAGGGCUUCUGUGGAAGAACCGACACAGGGCUAAUUCCAAACUCAGAAGGCUCUGUGUCAUGGUGUGGGUUAAGGGGACCAUUUGUAAACUGACUGUAAAGCAAGCUGAGGCUAUGGUUUUGAUGGUGGUGGUGGUGGUGGUGGUGGUGAUGAUGAUGACCAAUGAUGAUGAUGAUUUUAACAGCUUAAACUGCUCUCUUUACUGGCUAGAGCAGGAGAUGCUAUUGGUAAAGAUUAUUCCAUAUUUUGUUGAAUGGCUUUGAAUUCUAAUGGCAUGGCUGCAGCCUUAGUGUAGACGGCAAAUGAAGGUCAGCCCCGUGAGUGGACUUUUUGGACUCCAUCUUGUACUAAUGUUCACCUUUCUAUGUCCGUUCUUCACAGAGUGUUUGUGUACUGCCGACAAUUCUGUGACCCUCAACAAAACCAAAAGCCCUGGUCACAUCUAAAUGCAGAGCCUGUCAUCCAGUCCAGUAGAGGAGAGUGGCUGUGGCCCUCACACAGCACCUGACUUGUUGACUGAUGCUCUGCUGAGCCUUUCCUGAGUGAGGAGCCCUUAAAUAUAGCUGAAGUGCAACUCUUAAUGCUUUUUACACUUGCAAGGUCACAUGUAGAAAAGUGUUCCUUUACUAUUCAAUGAUUCCAGCUGUUGGCUUUCUACAUUUUGAAAGUAAUGAUACUGUCCUCAUUUUUUACUGAUGGUUUAAUACAGAUACAUGCGGUGUGUUUUCCUCUCAUAAUUAGUAGUAGCUCCAAUAUUGACUUUGUUGAUAUGGCUCUCAAAAGCAGACCCUAAGGAGCUCCCAUGCUUUAGCAGAAAGCUGCAUCCCAUUACC